UUUUCUGAGUUCACUCGCCUGGUCACACUAAUAGGCAGAUGUUUAUAUUACUUCGAUCAAACAAAACGAAAAAAAAUUGUACUUGGAGGUCUCCCAGUGAAAAUGCUUAACUUCUGAACCAAGAAAACGACUUUAAACGCCUCCGAAAUGGACAAAAACCUGGACGAGGUCAAAGCCAGCGUACAAAAGAAGUUCAAUGAAAUCCGGGCAGCGCUGCAUAUGCGCGAGAAGCUGCUGCUCCGCCAGCUGGAGGUCAUCGCCAACACCCGACAGCAGCAGCAGCUCCUAAAGGGCUCGCCCGGGGUGGAGGGCCAGAGCGGAGUGCAGUUUGUCACGGGCGAGGAUGACGGGGACGAGGAGAAGCUGCUGACCGCCAUCCGCAGCUUCGGGCACUUCCUGCUGGACAACAGCGACAUGCAGCUGGCGCUGCAGGACUAUCGCAGCUCGGGACUGCGCAACGAGGACUACAUAGAGCCGCUGGACGACCACGAGACCAUGUACAAGUGCCUGCAGGACGGGAACGUGUCAUACUACGACCUUGAUGAAGACGGGGCCCCGCCGGAAGCCAUUGUGGUGGACUUUUCGCGCAACAGAUCGCUGGUGGAUGACAACGCCAAGCGCUCGAUCAUAAACAUAACUCUCCAGGAGGCCAAGGAGCUGAUCCGCAAGGCCAAGAUCAAGAGGGAGACGUACGUGCCGCCGCUCAACCUUGAGGAGCUGGACGACGAGCUGGAGUCCUCCAUUGCCGAGGCCGUGUCCAGCUUGGGGCGGGAGUCCUCGGCCAAGUCAAAGUCCAGUAGUGCUCUGGAGCAGCACCAGCAGCCGCCCAAAUCGAAGUCCCGGAAGCAGCGCUUCAAGCCAAAGAUAACAAUCAACAACUGCAACGGCACCAUAAACCUGCGCAACAUAGCCAGCUUGACCAUCAACUGCGCCAGCGAGGAGGCCGUCAGCGCGGAGAUCCCCCUGGCCAAGUCCGCCGAUUCCAGCACCACCGAACCCUCCAAUUCCACGCCCACGACCACCGCUUCCAGCUCCAACUACUCCAGCAACGCCAGCUCCAGAUCACAGUCCAAGAAGCAGAAGAGCAGCGGCGGCAAAAAGCAGGAGAGGAACACCGACCCCAGUUCCGAGACCACUCCGACCCCGGGCAACGCCUCUCACAGGGGCUGCGAGGAGACCGAUAUCCACGACGUGACCUGCGAUUUCUACAAUCGUCUGCUGAACGAGAUUAAAAAGAGCAUGGUGGAGAAGCCGCGCAGGACGUACCACCCAGUCGCAGCCGAGCCGGUUCGCGCUGCAGCCGCUGACUCCAGCUGCGAUGCCAACUCCAAUCCUAGGCGAGGACAGCCCAAGCAGGAGCCCGUCUCCACCACUUCCCACACACAGAGCGAUGCUACUACGGGGCCACAAGUGCAGCCGGGCAAGCGGCUGAUUCUGAAGAACUUCGAGAAUCUCCGGAUCAUCCUAGAGGCCAACAGCGGCGACGAGGACUCCUUCCACCCCGUUCAGAUAGAGCAGUGGCUGGCGGAGAUCAUCUCGGAAACGGACCUGGAGCCGAUGCAGAACACUGACAUACUGGAGCACAGCCGCAUCCACAGUAGCGACAGCCCGUAAUCGAGUCCGGAGGGACAAAGAGAUUCCAAAAUAUUUAUCCUUAAAGCACUCAGUAUUUCUCCAUAUUUAAAAGUGUCUAGCUUAGGUUUCUUAAAUUUGUUUUAGUUGUACAUUAAGUUGUAUCUUAAUAUGUAUCCACAUGGACUCCCGCGUCCUCCAGCCCAUUUCCAUACUUUUAAGUAGAACAUUACCCCAUCCACCCGUUGUGUUGUGUACUUACGAAUGCACUUGGUUUUGUGAUUAUUUCGUAUGAUUUUGUAAGACUUGAAGUUGUACCAACCUAGCCAGUAAGCUACUCCAGGCAGUUUUCAGCUCCCAUUUGUAAAUGCAGUCGAGUAGAGGAGUCCACAUAUUAAAGUGUUAAUUGCCAUCACCCGAAA